AUGGGCGAAGACUCCGAAAGCGCUCUCCGCGGCAUCCAAGUAUUCCUUGAUGCCCAAGCCAUCUCCGCCGUCGCCGGCUGCGGCCUCCGCCACGCAGCCUACUGGAUCGCCCUCCGCCAAGAGAUCAUCACAGCCUUCAGCAAACAACGCACCUUCCGCCUCCCCCUCGGCCCGUGUGAACCCUACCGCACCUUUGAGCCCGCCGACGAUUACGUCUGGGCUGAUCGGCUAGUAAUCCAUUGCGCUGAUGUGCUGCAGUACUGCUUCGGCUCGGAGGAAGAGAACCUCCCGCGCGACACAUACCAUGCCGCGUCGAGCAAGAGUGUGCUGCACCCGCUGGGCGCGGAGAUGCGCAUUGCGCGGUACGACGAACUGGUCGCGUUCGAGACGCUUUGGGCUGAGUUAGGCCCGCCCAGUUUCAACCCCAUCUAUGCGCGCGCGCCGGACCGCGCGCGCGGCGAGGUCUUCCCCGAGCUGUGGUACCUGAACAACUGCCACGUCGCCGGGCUGCAAUUCCUAGAGCUGGCGCGCAUCUUGCUCGCAGUGUACAAUCCGAAACUGCCUCGGCUGGGUCCCGGCCAGCGCACGGCAAUGCGGUCGGUGGACCGAGAAGUGCGGGCGAUUGUAUUGCGGCUGUGCGGGACGGCGCUGUCGAACCAGCAUAGUCCGCCGGGGCUGGUGAAUGCGUUUAUGGCGAUUGGGAUGUGCGGCGAUCGGUUUACGGAUCGCUUGGAGCAGGAGGCACUUUUGGGGGUGCUGGUUAAAUUGGAGGAUGAGCAUGCGUAUCCCACGGCGAGUACGCAGGAAUUGCUGAAGGGGGCGUGGGGGUGGGACGGGUAUAGUGCGUUGGAGUAG